UCAACAGUGUAAUAUAUUUGAAUUCAAUUUUUAUUUUGUAAAACUAUGUUUGAAUCAAGACUGCACUGAUCAAGAGGAAGUUAACUGGAACGGUAUCAGUGUCAGCAAUACUCAGUGAUCAAAAUGUCCGUGCGAAGAAAAUACGAAUUGAAUCGAAGAUCGAUGUUGCACCGGGGAGACUUCGAGUCUCCCGGAAAGUAUCGUAAACUAACUGAUGAGGAAAUAGAGGCGGAGUGGUCAUUCGGAAAGCCGAGUUUGCGAACCCAUUCCCCAGCUAACCUUGCGCCAAGAGGAACUGACACUACUAACAGAAAUCAAAUCAGAUCUACUGGUCAGACAACAGACGACCAGUCAGAAUUUAAAUGUGGACGCAAUAAUGAUGACAGGCCAAAGAGCAUGUCUCUCGCUUACACAGAAUCUGCUCCUGUGAGAACUCCAAGGUUGGGUCUCUCCCUUUAUGAUCCCCGCAGACGGCACACCAGAGCAAUAACGGUGUCUGUGGAAUCCAGCACAGACGUAACUAGAUCCACUGAUCCAGGAGACAGCGGUGGAAAGCAUGCAAGCAGCAACUCUAGUUCACCGCGUCAAGAAAAAGAUGAUACAGAUGACAUGAAAAGAGACGUAAAGCUACAGGGACACAGUUUUACACUACCUAACAAAAACACGGAAAUCGUCUCCAAAGACUGUUACAGUAGCAAAUCUAGCACAGACGUAUUUAGAGCCCAUUAUGAAGGAGACGGCGGUGAAAAAUAUGCAAGUAAUUCCUCUACUUCACCGAAAAAAGAUGACAUAGAUGAUAUAAAAAGAAACAAAAAACUAGAGGAACACACUUUUACACUACCUAACGAAAACACGGAAAUCGCCCCCAAAGAAUCUAACAGUAGAUGUAAUUCCGGAGAUGGCCUCUUAGACUCAGGAAGUAGCGAAAAAGCAAAGGACGGGAAGGUGAGUCACUGCUCGACAUGCAAAAGUAGCGACUAUGGCUUUCCUACACUCGCAGACGCGUCCUGUCAGACACGUGCACGUAAACAUAGCACGAAAAGGCGAAAGCCGGACACACGUAAGUCACAAAAUGAGUGCGAUACCACAGAAAAAUCGAGCUAUUCUACCGAACCAACAAGCCUAAAUUCUCAGUACUCCUCUUCCAACUCCUCUUCCACAUCUUCAAACUCGACAGCAGACGACCGAUCUUGCAGGGAAAGCUUCGUACUCCAACAGCUUGAAGCUCUAGCGGAGGUUAACCGCCAUCAUCCAAUGGAUAAUACUGGCCCUAAGCUCGGAUUCUCCGUGGUGAAUACGUUCAGUUACGUAGAAAUUUCCGAGUCGUGGAUGGACACUUCGAAGGAGACCCCAUAUGUGUGCCUGGAUGUGAUUCGGAAGGAUGACGUACCGGGACUGACGUCAACGCCUCGGGAUGAUUCACACGUCAUGUCAGGCAUGGCCACUUGCGUGGACGAUAACACAAUUAGCAAGUAUACAGAGGUGAACGGAGAGACGUUAGAUGAUGACCCGGCCGUCAUAAAGACCAGCAUACCAGACCCAAGUGUUGCUACAUUGCCAACUGGAGAGCGUGGCCAUUUAGAGUUCGGACCUGCCGUUGUCAUAGAUGCUAAAGAAGCAGCAGAGAUACCAAAUUACUCAGUUUCUGGUUCUACUACCAAGGAGAAAGACGCAGACGCGACAACGUCAUGCCCUGAAGAUAGCACAGAUAGUGUGACUAUUGGUGAUGUCCGUAUGACCAAAGAUGACGUUAAUAACAAACUCAGAGUAAUGGAUGCUGAAGAUCGUUGUGAGAUCACUAUAGAAACGAAGCCAACAUCGUUUAUGAAUGUUAGCUCAGAAAGCGAACAUAUUGUAUCAGAUGAACACGAUAACGCUACUGCAGAUGAAGGUACAAUAGGAGAAGCUACUGCAGAUGAAGGUACAAUAGGAGAAGCUACUGCAAGUGAAACUACUGGUCUCGAUGCUAGCACUGGAAAAGGUACUGAUAAUGCUCAACCAGAAGAACUUAACUUGUCCGGCGAAGCAUCUGUUGUUAUAAAAUACGAAACGCCAAAUAUAGUCGUUAUCAUAACUUCGGCAUCAGAUACUAGUGAUAACAUUGAUAACAUUGGAUCUGAUUCUCGUUCAGAAACUGUCACGUUUCCAUCUGCGGCGGAUAUUCAUCUGGCAGAACUGCCAUUAAAGCAGGCGAAGGUUUAUUUACCAAAUGACGAUGACACGGAUACGUCCACAGAAUCCGAAAGUACUUCUGAUGAUGAUAGCAAGAAAAGAAAAAGAAAAAUGCCUGAAGAUUCGAGAAUUCCGGUAAAUGGGAUUUGCAUAGAUGAUCCCCAAGAAUUAAAGCCCGAGGGAAACAUCGUGGAACACAAGGAUACAGACACACCUUCAACAGAUGCUGCAGAAAUGAAUGCAUCGUCUCUUUCGGGUGGAACUAACACUUCUAAUUCAAAUAAUACUACAUGCCGCACACUCACGACUUCAGAGGAUGAGUCUAGUGAACUGCCUAAAGACAACAUCUUUGAAGCAACUAUUGAAGUAAGUAGCCCUGAAAACAACACGUGUACACUGCCAAGCACUGCCAGCAUGACACAAGACCAGAAAGAUGUUACAUCUGAAAUGCCAUCCAAUGUCAUUGGUAUGAUUCCAGAUAUUACAGUUGGUGAAAAGCAGUGUACUGAUGACUUGGGCCAUAUCAAUAGCGUAAUAACUAAACCCGACAGUGUUACAUCAGAUCAUGGCUCAGAGGUCUCACCUGAUUAUAAAGAAGAAAUAUUUCUUGAUUCGGGUCUCGAGGAACGCCUGUCUGGUUCUGGCCAGAAUGAAUUGCCAUCUGGUCAGAAAGAGCUGUCAUUUGCUACCGAUCAGAAAGAACUUCCCACUGUUGCCGAUCAACACGAAUUGUCCUCUUUUGCUGAUCACAAAGACCUACCAUCUGUUGCUGAUCACAAAGACCUACCGUCUGUUGGUGAUCACAAAGACCUACCUUCUGUUGCUGAUCACAAAGACCUACCAUAUGUUGCUGAUCCAGAAAAAGGAUCUUCUACUGCUGGCCAUGAUGCUAAAACAACUAUUGGAGAUAUGUCUACUGAUCCACGUGGAGAAUGUGAUGGCGACAGUAAAGAAGAACAGUUAACAGAGAAAGUGGUGGAUGUUUCGUCAUCGUCUGAUGACAAAACUGGAAAUGAUAAAAACACUAGCCAUACGUCCUCGACGAGCGAUGCAGAGUUGCGUGACACACCCAAGAGCAAGCACCAUAAAAACAGAAUGAGCAGCAUGCUAAGUAAGAUCAAACACAAAAUAUUUCCAGAUGAUGACAACCAAAACACGAGUGGAGAUGUUGGGGGCAGCAAUAGGCGUACUCCAGCAAUUGAAACUCCUAUGAAACCCAAACGGAAAUUCAGAAGCAAAUCUACUGACAAAAAAGAAAAACGCAACAAAAAAUCUUCAAAGUCAAAAAGCUUUUCUGAAGGUGACAAAAACACAGAUAAAGAAAUGAUUGAAAUAGAUGCGUCUUUAGAGUUAGAUAAAUUGGAAAAUUCCAAAAAUGAUGAUGAAAAAGUCAGUUCUAAAAUGAAUGUAAAAUCCCUUGUCGAAAAUACAACUGAUGUCAUUACAGGUUCUUUACCAAGUGGAUUAAACACACUGACUCUGAAUACUGAUACUAGUUCAAAGGAUAUUCUCAGUUGUGAUAUUGAUUCUGCUUCAAGUUCCCCGGAUAAAGCUCCUGGAGUAAUCUACAUCACCAAUAAUGCCGAAGGUAACUUACCAUUAGAAACCAGCACAGAUGACGUUAGUGAUCGUGAUGUACAAAUUGCACAAGCAGACGAGACAAACCGUGUUUCAGUGGACAAGGAAGAUGUCAUCACUGCUCAAAUUAAAAUACCAACAUCAAGUAAAACAUCAAAAGAUUCUAAGCACAAGGAUAAGUCAUCAAAAACAGGUUUAUCUAAGUCCAGUUCCAGUAGCAGCAGCGGUAGUAGCAACAGUUCCAACAAUAAAAAUAAGCACAAAAAAGGUGGCAAAGACGUUAAUGAUCAUCAGCAAUCAAUUAGUGUUUCACAGCAUUCAGACCUUGGCAGCACUCCUUCAGUCUACAAUCAUUCAUCAUCUGUAGCUCUUCAUUCUCCAAAUACAACUGUCCAGUCACAACCUGUAAUCGUUCAUUCACCAGAUGCACACGAACGACUAGCUAAACAAGAAGCGCUGUUUUCUGAAUGUAUUCCCCUUGAAGCUGUAACAGCAUCGCUGUCGGCAUCACCAAGACAGCAGAGCUAUUUCGUUGUCGUUGCUAUUGAUUUUGGAACAACGUACAGUGGAUAUGCCUUAAGUUUUACCCGUGAUCCGGAUAAUGUUCACAUGAUGAGGAACUGGGAGGGAGGGGACCCGGGAGUGGUGAAUCAGAAGAUACCAACGUCCAUUCUGCUGACGCCGGAGGGCGAGUUUGACUCGUUUGGAUUUACAGCCAGAGACAGGUAUCACAACUUGGAGCACAGCGAGGCCAAGAAGUGGCUCUACUUUGAGAAGUUCAAGAUGAUUCUUCAUCACAGUUCGUGUUCAGAUGAUUGGAAGAUCUUGCGCAAUAAUUUGUAUGGAAAACAAAUGCAACUGACCAAAGACACGCAGCUGUAUGCCAGUAACGGCCAGGCGUUCCCGGCACUGACCGUAUUUUCCUACGCCCUACGAUUCUUCAAGGAGCACGCGCUGGAGCAGCUGAGUGACCAGUGCGGGACCACCAUGCUCAACACCGACGUGCGCUGGGUGAUCACCGUCCCCGCCAUCUGGAAGGCGCCCGCCAAACAGUUCAUGAGACAGGCCGCCUACGACGCAGGCAUGGUGUCGCCUGGUUCCCCGGAUCAGAUGCUCAUCGCACUGGAACCGGAAGCUGCGUCCAUCUACUGCCGGAAGUUAAGGAUGUACGAGCUUGUUCCGGAAUCUCCGGUUCAGCGCCCUCUACAGUCACCCCGAAAAUCUGUUCAAGAACCUCUAAAUACGACAAGUGUCUGCACGGACCUGAGCGAAGAUAUGUCCCCAUUAAAGUUACCGUUUGAUUUGGCUCCAAACCAAGUGUUGGAGACCAAAAUGAAAGGCACGCGAUAUCUGGUUGUAGACUGCGGGGGCGGCACGGUGGACAUCACUGUUCACGAACUGGACGACACUGGUAAACUGAAGGAGCUGUACAAAGCAACAGGAGGACCCUACGGCUCCAUAGGUAUUGACAUAGAGUUUGAGAAGCUGCUGUAUGCCGUAUUUGGGGAAGAUUUCAUCGACAACUACAAAGCUAAGUAUCCCGUCGGUUGGGUGAACCUGAUGAUCAACUUCGAGUCUCGCAAGAGAUCGGCCAGUCCCUAUAAAUCGAAUCCCCUCAACAUCUCCAUACCUUUCUCCUUCAUCGACUACCACAAGAAGCAGAAGUCUGGUCAUAUGGAGAGUACAGUAAAGAAGUACGGCGACAGCGACAUCUGCUGGUCGUCAGAAGGAAUGCUCAGACUGAGUCCCAUGGCCAUGAAGCGACUGUUCUUGCCAACAGUAGAGAGGAUCAAGCAAACUAUUGGAGAUGUCCUCAACAACAAAUAUGCCAGAGAUUUGUCGUACAUGUUCCUUGUUGGAGGUUUUGCUGAAUCACCAGUUCUACAACAGGAAAUCAGACGAGAAUUUUCCCACAUUCUUAAAAUUUUAAUACCAACUGGAGUCAGCCUUGCUAUUCUCAAAGGAGCGGUCUUGUUUGGGUUGGACCCCACUGUUGUGAACGUCCGGCGAUCUCGCCUCACCUACGGGGUAGGAGUUCUCAAUCGCUUUGACCCGAACAAGCACCCCAAGAGUAAACUGGUCACCCGCGAGGGGAAGGACUGGUGCACGGACGUCUUUGAAAAAUACGUCACAGUCGACGAAGCCAUCACCCUGGGCGACACGGUGGUGCGCAGCUACACCCCCGCCAAGUCGACACAGCAGGUGAGCAUCAUCAACAUCUACAGCAGUGAGUCGGCGAACUCACAGUUCAUCACGGACCCGGGAGUCCGGAAGUGCGGGACGCUGUGUCUCGACGUGUCGGACAUGCAGGCCGGACUGUUUCCGGCCAGGCGAGAGAUCCAGACAAGGAUGAUGUUCGGGGACACCGAGAUUAAAGUCAGUGCCCUGGACGUGACCACGGGACGCUGUGUGAAAGCCAGUAUCGACUUUCUUAACAAAUAGUAAUGUGCGUAGUAGAGUGUUUUCUGUGUAAAAACAAAAACAGUCUAGAAGUCGAAGCAGGGCCGGAUUAAUCAGUUGAAUCUACAGCGUACAGGAAAUUUACUUGGGGCCCUAAGAAGGGCCUGAAUUUAAAGAGUCAUUAUGUUAUGACCUAUAUCCCUACACACCCGGGCCAUAUAUGGUUCUCGACUGCUCUUGGAUAAUACUUCAGUAAGUCAUACGCGAUUAUAUCUCAUAGAUUCUCUAUACUGACCCUGAUCUCAAGGAUCUCCCAAUCACCUACAUACAAGCGCGAAGCCAUUUUGCCAUUUUGGGACGAACAUUUACAGAUCUGAAGCAGUCGAAUCCUUUAAAGGCAAGAAGCAGUCAUGCAACCCAUAAAAAUAACCAAAGUGGCCUUCAUAAGAAGAUGGUCUCUGCACCGAGCUAAAAUAAAUGUACGGUACUUGAGAAUAGAACAAAUUGACAUACUAUUUUAAUUACCGUAUUGAGAGGUGGUGGUUAUUAAAGGUACCAUUAUAGCAAGUUCGGCUAGGUUCUGUGUACUCAAAAUGAGACCCAGAAACAGUACAAUCAGUGGAGAAGAGACUUUGGCCCCAUCAAUACUUCUGAACAUACUAUAUACAUGUAGGUAGGCAAAUUUGUUAGGGAUGCAUGUUGAGAGCGCAGGACCCCGUUGAUAAAGCCUAAAGUUUCGA